UGUCCAAAAAAUAAAAUAAAAAAUCAGCAUUCGUCGUCUUCUUCGUCGGGCUCAGCUCUCACUCUGAAGUUCCAUAACUGUACUGGUCUUUUCUAUAUCUACAGCCGACGCCAUUGUUGAAGCUGUUCAUAUUCUCGGCAUUUUCAGCUUUAUUCUCCACGGCCGGCAACUAGAUUGAGUGACAGUUUAGGAAAUUAGUUAUGGAAUCUACAAUGUCGCAGCAAAUAAAGCGGGGAGGAGGUAUAGUUUCACUUUCACCAUCACAGACGCCGCGGUCAAGCGAUAAGGCGGUAAGAGAUCUGCGAUCGGGUGAAGGGAACUAUAGUGGUAAACUUGAGAAGGAGAAAGGUGUUAAUGUUCAAGUUAUUGUUAGAUGCAGACCACUGAGCGACGAUGAGACGAGACUGCAUACUCCGGUGGUCGUUACUUGUAAUGAGAAUAAAAGAGAAGUUUCCGCCAUUCAGAAUAUUGCUAAUAAGCAGAUUGAUAGAACCUUCUUAUUUGAUAAGGUUUUUGGUCCAAAUUCCCAACAGAAAGAAUUGUUUGAUCAGGCUAUUUCUCCCAUAGUGUUUGAGGUAUUAGAAGGAUAUAACUGCACUAUUUUUGCCUAUGGUCAGACAGGAACAGGGAAGACAUACACCAUGGAAGGAGGUGCAAGAAAAAAGAAUGGGGAAUUCCCAAAUGAUGCAGGAGUUAUUCCUAGGGCAGUUCGUCAAACUUUUGAUAUACUUGAAUCACAACAUGCUGAGUACAGCAUGAAAGUCACAUUUCUAGAGUUAUAUAAUGAGGAAAUAACUGAUCUAUUGGCCCCAGAGGAAACUUCAAAAUUCAUAGAUGACAAAUCUAAGAAACCAAUAGCCCUCAUGGAAGAUGGAAAAGGAGGUGUUUUAGUCAGAGGUUUGGAAGAGGAGAUUGUAACCACUGCCAAUGAAAUCUAUAAGAUCCUAGAGAAGGGUUCUGCUAAAAGGCGUACAGCAGAGACUCUACUUAAUAAACAAAGUAGUCGUUCUCACUCGAUUUUCUCCAUCACAAUUCACAUCAAAGAGUGUACUCCAGAGGGAGAAGAGAUGAUUAAAUGUGGGAAGCUGAAUCUUGUUGAUCUUGCUGGUUCAGAGAAUAUCUCUCGAUCUGGUGCAAGAGAUGGGAGAGCCAGGGAAGCUGGUGAGAUAAACAAAAGUCUACUCACACUUGGUCGCGUCAUCAAUACACUUGUUGAACACUCUGGUCAUAUACCAUAUAGGGAUAGUAAACUCACAAGACUAUUGAGAGACUCCCUGGGAGGUAAAACCAAAACAUGCAUAAUUGCAACAAUUUCACCUUCCAUCUAUUGCUUGGAAGAGACACUCAGUACGCUAGAUUAUGCUCAUCGUGCCAAAAAUAUAAAGAACAGACCUGAGAUCAACCAGAAGAUGAUGAAAUCUGCUGUUAUCAAGGAUCUUUACUUUGAAAUUGAUAGGCUCAAGCAAGAGGUUUAUGCUGCUAGGGAAAAGAAUGGUAUCUACAUCCCACGGGACCGCUAUCUUCUUGAAGAAGCUGAGAAGAAGGCAAUGACUGAAAAGAUAGAGCGGAUGGAACUUGAUUUUGAAUCUAGGGAUAAGCACUUAGUGGAACUUCAGGAACUUUACAAUUCUCAGCAACUGUUGACUGCAGAAUUGACCGAUAAACUGCAGAAAACAGAGAAAAAGCUCCAUGAGACUGAGCAUGCACUAUUCGACCUCGAAGAACGUCAUAGACAAGCAAAUGCAACCAUAAAAGAAAAGGAAUAUUUGAUUUCUAAUCUUCUCAAGUCUGAGAAAGCACUUGUUGAGAGAGCACUUGAACUCCGAGCAGAGCUAGAGAGUGCUGCAUUGGAUGUCUCUGGCUUGUUUACUAAGAUUGAGCGCAGGGAUAAAAUAGAAGAUGGAAACAGAGUUCUUAUACAUCAAUUCCAGUCCCAGUUAACUCAGCAGCUUGAGAUAUUGCACAAAACUGUUGCAACUUCUACCACACAUCAAGAACACCAAUUGAAAGAUAUGGAAGAAGACAUGCAGUCAUUUGUAUCCACUAAAACACAGGCGACAGAGGAACUUCGAGAUCGACUUGCAAAGAUGAAAAACAUGUAUGGAUCUGGCAUUAAAGCGUUGGACAAUUUAGUUGAUGAACUUGAUGGAAACUCAAGAUUGACCUUUGAACAUAUGAACUCUGAAGUUUCAAGUCAUUCAUCUUCUCUAGAGGAGCUCUUCAAAGGAAUUGUGUUGGAAGCUGAGACACUGCUUUGUGAACUUCAAAAUAAUCUUCAGGAUCAAGAACAAAAGAUAACUGGUUAUGCACAACAACAACGAGAGGCACAUGGUAGAACAAUGUCAACCACUCGUUCUAUAUCAGACAUUACAGUUGACUUUUUCCAUACUCUGGACAUGCAUGCUUCAAAACUAAGCAAGAUUGUGGAGGAGGCACAUUUGGUCAAUGAUCAAAAGUUGACAGAGCUUGAAAAGAAGUUUGAGGAAUGUGCCGCAAAUGAAGAGAAACAGCUCUUAGAAAAGGUGGCAGAGCUACUAGAAAGCUCCAAUGAGAGGAAGAAGAAACUGGUUCAAACAGCAGUCCAUGGACUUAGAGAAAGUGCAUCAAGUAGAACUAACAGCUUACAGCAAGGGAUGAUAGCUAUGCAAGACACUAGUUGUUCCAUUAAAGGACAAUGGACAGUUUACAUGAAAAAGGCAGAAGAUCAUUAUCUCGAGGAUACUGCUGCUGUAGAAAAGGGAAAGAAUGACUUGGCAGAAGUUGUACAAAGAUGCUAUGUAAAGGCCAAAAUGGGGUCAGAGCAAUGGCGGAAUGCUCAAGCUUCACUGCUCGGUCUAGAGAAAAGUAAUGUCGCCUCUCUUGAUGAAAUAGUCAGGGGAGGAACAGUGGCUAAUGAGACUUUACGAGCUCGUAUUUCUUCUUCUGUAACAUCUGCAUUACAGGACGCCGAAGUGGCAAGCCAGGAUCUGCUCACACCUAUAGAUUAUUCGUUACAGCUUGACCAUGACGCGUGUGCAAAUGUUGACUCCAUGAUCGUGCCUUGCUGCGAAGAACUAAGGGAAUUGAAGAGCGGUCAUUACCACAAGACAGUGGAGAUAACUGAGAAUGUUGGAAAAUGUCUUCACGACGACUAUAUGGUUGAUGAAGCCUCUUGCUCGACACCGAAAAAGAGGUCGUACAAUCUACCGAGUAUGACAUCAAUCGAAGAGCUGAAAACUCCAUCCUUCGAGGAGUUACUGACGUCAUUCUGGGAUUCGAUGAAAGAUCAAUCAGAAAUAAACGGGGAUAUGAAACAUAAUUAUGACGGGGAUUCGAGAGUACCUCUAACUGCUAUUAACUAAAAGUUGGAGGUAGAUAGAUAGAAUGAAACAAUUAAAGAAGAAUUCCUUUUACUCUUUUAAGAAGAAAUAUAUGUAUAUAUAUUUUUUGAUUGUUUGUUUGUUUAUUUCAUCAACUCUUAUUUGUUUGUGUGAAAGAAAUGGAUUUCCUUCCAUUUCAUUCUCAUAGGAAGAUGAUUUUCUUCUUAUUAAUUAAUUUACUUAUAGAGGCAAAAACACAUGUAAUUCUUUGCUAAAUUGAAAUUCUUUGAGUGGAUUUGUGCAAUGACAUUU